GUCAGAGGGAAAGAAAGCCCCAGCUUGCUAAUUUCGCCUCCCAAUCAGCCCCGGCAAGAAGGAGAUCACCGGGACCAGUUGUUUCCCCCCUGUGGUCAUGACGGCUUCGCACAGUGACUCUUUGGUGGUGUUGUUUGGGGCAACAGCUGGUGCAUAUGGGGCUAAACUGGGUUCGGAUGAGAGGGAACUAAUUCUCUUGGUGUGGCAAGUUGUGGAUCUACCCAGCAAGAAGGUAGGGACGCUGCACAAAUCCCUGGUGAAAGCAGACAAUUUGGAGCUAAGCGACCAAUGUCGAGAAGUGAGUGGUUUAACACCAGAGGGACUGGGCAAGGCUGAGCCUCUGGACCGGGUUCUUCAACAGUUUAGUCAGCUGGUAUCCAGUGAUUUGAAAGUACUUGGAAGGAGCUCCUAUACACUCUGCAGCGAUGGCCAGUUACUCAUUCGACAAGUCCUCCACCCAGAAACAUCUAAGAAGAACUUCCUGCUGUCAGACUGCUUUUAUUCUUUUUAUGAUCUUCGCAAGGAAUUUCACACGUGCUAUCCUAGCUCAGCCGCCGUGAAAGACCAGAAUAUCAAGACUAUGGCAGAAUAUCUAGGCUUAGGGACGGAUGAAACGGAGGAGGACUUCGGYGUGUGGCAGGUGAAGACCAUGGUGGCCAUCAUUGUCAGCAUGCUCUCUGAAAGCUGCGAUGACAUAUUUACUGAACCUGAGACUGUGAAGUACAAGUAUGAAACAGGUCCCUGUAGUAAAUCUGAAACAGUGGACAGUGAGACAGUAAUACGUGCCAGAGGUUUGCCGUGGCAGUCUUCAGACCAAGAUAUUGCUCGUUUUUUCAAAGGACUCAACAUUGCCAAAGGCGGCGUGGCCCUUUGUCUGAAUGCUCAAGGAAGGAGGAACGGGGAGGCUUUAGUUCGGUUUGUGAAUUCCGAACAGAGAGACCUGGCUUUGGAAAGACAUAAGCAUCACAUGGGUAGCAGAUACAUUGAGGUUUACAAAGCAACUGGGGAAGAAUUUUUAAAAAUUGCAGGAGGCACCUCCAAUGAAGUGGCCCAGUUUUUAUCUAAGGAGAAUCAAGUUAUCAUCCGGAUGAGAGGCCUUCCUUUCACUGCUACUCAGGAGGAUGUCUUGGGCUUCCUGGGGCCAGAGUGCCCGGUCACAGGAGGGAAAGAAGGACUUCUCUUUGUCAAAUACCCAGAUGGGAGGCCCACGGGAGAUGCAUUUGUGUUGUUUUCCUGUGAAGAAUAUGCACAGAAUGCACUUAAAAAGCACAAAGAAAUCCUUGGAAAGCGUUACAUUGAACUCUUCAGAAGCACAGCAGCAGAAGUGCAACAGGUGCUUAACCGCUACAUGUCCACGCCUCUCAUUCCCACCCUGCCGACUCCCAUCAUUCCCGUCAUCCCCCCACCGUAUACCAUCGCCACGGGGAGCGUGCGCGACUGCGUGCGGCUCAGGGGCCUGCCCUACACUGCUGGCAUCGACGACAUCCUGGAAUUUAUGGGGGACGCCACAGGGGAUAUCAAGCCCCACGGAGUUCACAUGGUCCUUAACCAGCAGGGACGGCCAUCAGGUGACGCUUUUAUCCAAAUGAAAUCUGCUGACAAAGCCUUUAUGGUGGCUCAGAAAUGUCACAAAAAAAUGAUGAAGGACCGUUAUGUGGAAGUAUUCCAGUGUUCAGGAGAGGAGAUGAACUUUGUUUUAAUGGGUGGCACUUUAAAUCGUAGUGGCUUAUCCCCACCGCCAUGUAAGUUACCAUGUCUUUCUCCUCCAGCUUAUGCUGCUUUCCAAACCGCAGCAGCUGUGAUCCCAGCAGAAGCAGCUCUGUACCAGCCCCAAGCCCUCUUGCCAGCGACCAGGACUCCGCAGGCCACGGCUGCAGCUCCACCGGCUGUUACCUACUACCCGGCUCAGGCCGCUCAGCUUUACAUGAAUUACACAGCCUAUUAUCCCAGCCCUCCAGUAUCCCCUACCACAGUGGGGUAUAUUGCAGCUCCCCCAGGAGCCGUAGCAGCUGCGGCCACUGCCACCCACACUCCAAUCCUGCCCCAGCCUGGAGCUUUAGUCCGUAUGCAGGGCUUGCCAUACAACACGGGAAUGAAGGAGAUUCUCAGUUUCUUCCAGGGAUACCAGUACGCUACCGAUGACUACAAUGGCCUUAUUCAGCUGAGCGAUCAAGCAAGGAGUGUGUUACAAGCACCGAAAGAGUGGGUCUGUUUGUAACUCUUUGUAACUUCCGAAGAAGCUCCACGCAGAUUCCAUYCUCGUGCUUUACAACUUUAGUGGCCAGCCCAGUGGAGAGGCAUUGGUGACUUUUCCAAGCCUGGAACUAGCUAAGAAAGCAGUGGCUGAGAAAAACGGACAGCUCUUGGGAAGCCGCUAUGUAGAACUCUACCUGGUCUAACGAAACAUUCUUUGCGGGGAGGGGGAAGGAAAGCUGCGCUCACCACGGUGCCUCCUCCAAAAUCCCGAGUCUUCCCCUGCCAGGCAGCAGCACAUGUGCCUUCUCAGCAUGAUAUGUUGGAAUAUAGAGCGGUGUCCUGUUUGUAUUUUGCAAAAUAAUGUAUCCUAUGCCAAAGAUAAAGAAAAAAAACAAAUCAUACGGUUAACUUAAUUUCUACUGUACUUGUUAAAAACCCUUCCUGCCAUCUGGUUACUUCUGAAGACAAUCUAAUAGCACUUCAGCUAUCACAGCUGUGAGAGAAACCUAUUGCCUGUUCAAUAGCAUCUGAGGUGGAAAGCAAAGCUCAAGUCAUGCGGAUUCUGUGUUGAAUUUUUAGGAGAUUACACUUGGCAAAGUGUCUGUUUUUGGUAGAGUUUAAAUGCCCUUUAGAAAGAGUUUCUGGAAUAUGCAGCUUCCCCAAUUUGAAGCAUGGAUGCUAUUGAUGAUGAUAAUGUUCUCAACUGAAAAAUAGCGGGAUGCUGGACUCGAAUGCGAUGGCGCUUUCUCAUGUUGUCAUUCUGUUGUUCUGCAAAAGCCAUAUUUGUACUGCUGCCAAUGUGUAAAGCAAAAAAAAAGAAAGGCAAAAACAGAAAAAAAAUCCUCCCCCAAACUUUUAAUCUCUACAGGACAAAAAUGGCACAUAAACCUGAGUACUAAUAAGUUAUAUUUUUUUAUUUAAGCAUAAUAGCUUUCAGAUACUGUAUUAAAGAUUUUGCUCUAGUUUAUGUGCAUGCAAUUUGUUUACAUCUUUAAACUACUUUAUUUGUAUAUUAUGAAGCAACAAAAUACGUUGAAAUCUAAAUUCUCUAGUGCAUGCUCUUUUCUUUUUCCCUGUGUGUGUAUAUACAUAAGCUAGAAGAAGUACUUUUACGUCAUGUAGCAUGUGUUUAAAAAGGAGAGGAGAAAAAAAAGACAUCUGCUG